CAACAUACCUUUUUCUUACAUAUCUUUCUCUCCUAACACUGUGUCUAUGUGUGUGUCCUUCAAGAGCAGCCACAAGUGAAGCAGAGGCUUUGAUGAGAUGGAAAUCCAGCCUAUCAUCUUCUGCUUCUCUCGAGUCUUGGUCCCACAACAACAUCAGCAACCACUGCAGAUGGAUUGGCAUUCGCUGCAACGACGAGGGAUCUGUCUCUGGGAUUGACCUCCCCGGUGCAAACCUUGCAGGGACAUUGGACCUGUUCCAUUUCACUGCAUUGCUGAAUCUCACCACUUUCAACCUCAAUGGGAAUGCUCUCAACGGCUCCAUACCAGCUGCUCUUGGCAACCUCACAAGCCUCACUCUCUUGGACCUCUCCGACAAUCUGUUUUCCGGCGCCAUUCCACUAGAGAUCGGCCACUUGACAGAGCUUCGAUACCUGAGCUUCUCCGACAACUAUAUGGUUGGAGAAAUCCCAUAUCAGAUUGGCAAUCUGAGGAAGGUGCGCUUCUUGUAUUUGGGCUCCAAUCACUUUAAAUCUCCUGACUGGUCUCGAUUUCCCACUUUCCCUUUCCUAACUCACCUUGAUCUUGGUUGGAAUGAACUCAACUCUGAAUUCCCACACUUCAUAACCAACUGUCUCAACCUUAUUUUUCUCGAUCUGUCUCUAAACAACUUCACAGGCCCCUUGUCACCAAAUAUCACUAACCUCACCAAGUUGAAAGAUCUUCGCCUCGCCAACAACUUCUUAUCUGGCAACAUUCUUGAUUCAGUAAGCCUUAUUCCAAGCCUGCAAAAUCUAGAGUUGUACAAUAAUUCAUUUAUAGGAGAAAUCCCUCCUUCUAUAGGCCUACUCACGAAUCUCCGAACUCUAGACCUUCGAAUGAACAGCUUCAAUUCCACAAUUCCCCGAGAGCUCGGCCUGUGUAACAAGCUGAUCUACUUAGCUUUAUCCCAUAAUUCACUCUCGGGGCCAUUGCCGCCAUCCUUGUCAAAUCUGGGCAAUUUAUCUAUGUUGCACCUAUAUGAUAAUAGUCUGACUGGUGAAAUAUUGCCCUCUUUCUUCACGAGUUGGAGAAAACUAAUCUCAAUGGAAAUUCAAGACAAUGAAUUCAGUGGGAAACUUCCAUCAGAAAUAGGCUUGCUCACAAACCUCGAGGAUCUGUAUCUCUAUAAUAACUCGUUUUCAGGCACCAUCCCACCAGAGAUAGGAAACCUACGAGAGAUGAUGUGGCUGGACCUUUCAACCAAUAACUUUUCAGGUCCAAUACCAUCCAGCAUUGGAAAUCUUUCAAAUCUGGAUACCUUAGAUCUCUCUUCCAACAAUUUAAAUGGUCUAAUACCAUCCGCCAUUGGAAAUCUUUCAACUCUGGGGUAUUUAUAUCUCUCUUCCAACAAAUUAAAUGGUCCAAUUCCAUCCACAAUCGGAAAUCUUUCACAUCUGGAGUUGUUACUACUAUCUUCCAACAAAUUAAAUGGUGAACUCCCAUCCUCCAUAUGCAAGUUGUCAUACCUUUAUUAUCUUCUUCUCUCAAAUAAUACUUUCGAAGGAAGACUGCCGCAGUGCUUCGGAAACUUCAGCAGAUCAUUGACCAUCUUUCACCUAAACAAAAAUCAAUUCAGUGGCCUCAUACCAUCUACCUUGCCUAAGAACUGUAGUCUUAUGUCCAUCAAUUUGGGUGAUAACAAAUUCCAUGGACGAUUACCUAAAUCCUUAAUCAAUUGCCGAAAUCUAAGGGGUCUCGACAUUGGAAAUAAUAGAAUACAGGAUGAAUUUCCCUUUUGGAUGGAAGGUCUACGCCAGCUUCGAGUGCUAUUGUUGAGAUAUAACAAGUUUGGUGGUAAAAUGUCUUUUCCUUCACAAACCAAGUUUCCAUUUCCUAGGUUGCAAGUUUUUGAUGUAUCCCAUAAUGAAUUUGUGGGCCCUCUACCUCAAAGAUAUUUCAACAAUUUCAAAGCAAUGAUCGAGCCAGUAGCAAUUGAAGAGGAUCAGUUUCGAAAUUUCGUGGAGAUGACGCUCAGCAUGAAAGGUCAGGAUCGACUAAUUAAGAGACUAUUGGAAACCUUCACAACAAUUGACUUAUCCUCCAAUAGUUUCUCCGGAACUAUUCCACCUUCCAUAGGAAAUCUUAAGAUUCUCAAAUACUUGAACCUAUCCCACAAUAGCCUCACAGGACAUAUACCUUCAUCUCUUGGAAACAUGAGACAACUCGAAUCGCUUGAUCUGUCAACAAACAAACUGGAUGGAGAAAUCCCAGGUGAAUUGACAAGGUUGACAUUUCUUGCGAAAUUAAACCUUUCAAUAAACAAUUUUGUUGGGAAAAUACCGCGAUCUAACCAGUUCUCCACAUUUGAGAAUGAUUCAUAUAUAGGAAACUUGGGAUUGUGUGGACUUCCAUUGACGAGAAAAUGCAAAGAGGAUUUAGGCAAAUCGAUGCAGUCUGCAGAAGAAGAUGAUGACGAAUAUGAAUUCAUGGAUGGAUUUGGGUGGCGAAGUGUUGUGAUGGGAUAUGGAAGUGGAUUUGUAGUUGGGAUUGGAAUUGGCUACAUGAUUAUAAGAAGUGGAAGGCCAAGAUUGUUGGUGGAAUUCUUUUUUGGGGUCGGAUAUCAAUAUAAGACGAAGAAGAGACGCAACCGAACUACACCGACACGCAGGGGAACUUGAUUUGAAGCCAAAGGAGAAUUGUGUGAUUUUCUUGUGUUCGAUUUGGAACUUCUGAUUGUGUUUGAGUUGUAUAAUUUCUUUUUCUUUUUCUUUUUCUUUUUACCUUUUUAAUUGCUACUUCUGUCAAUCUAUAAUAAAUUUUGUGAAGUAUUAGUCAGACUGUGUUUUGUAGUUCGUUUUUUAACGAGAUGGAUUUCAUUUUCUACCA